AUGCAAUUAGAAGAUCCAUCUUACUUUUAUUCAGUACAAGUUGAUGAUGAUGGUCUAAUAUUGAACAUAUUUUGGGCUGAUGCUAGAUCAAUAGUUGAUUAUGGCCACUUUGGAGAUGUUUUGUGUUUUGAUACAACUUAUAGGACAAAUCAAUAUGAUCGAUCCUUUGCUCCAUUUAUCGGGGUUAAUCAUCACAAACAAACAACCAUCUUCAGUGCAGCUUUACUUUAUGAUGAAACCAUAGAGUCAUUUAAGUGGUUGUUUAAAACUUUUUUUAGUGCAAUGUUAAGGAAACAGCCAAAAACUAUACUUACAGAUCAGUCUGCUGCAAUGGCUAAGGCAAUAGCAGAGGUAUUUGUUGAAUCGAAUCAUCGUUUAUGUGUAUGGCAUAUUUAUCAAAAUGCUGCUAAGAAACUAAGUCAUGUAUUUCAUUCAUCAAAGCACUUUGCAGCUGAUUUGAGCACUUAUAUGUAUGAUUAUGAAGAUGAAGAUGAAUGGCUAGUUGCAUGGAAUAAUAUGCUUGAGAAAUAUGAUCUUACUAAUAAUAAAUGGUUGUGUGGGAUAUUUGAUCUAAAAGAAAAAUGGGUCAUGGUAUAUGGUCGAUAUAUGUUUACUGCUGAUAUGAAAAGCACCCAACGUAGUGAGUCAAUGAACAAUGUAUUGAAAAAAUAUUUGAAAUCGAAAUAUAAUUUUUUGCCUUUUUUGGAACAUUACUCUAGAGUCUUGGCUGAUAGAAGACGUCAAAAACUACAAGCUGAGUUCAAAAUGAGGCAGACAACACCAGUUUUACAACUUGAUGUGGAGAUGUUGAGACAUGCUGUAAAGUUGUACACCCCAAAAAUGUUCAAAAUGUUUCAAGAUGAAUAUAUGAAGAUGGGGGAUUGUACAAUUUUCAAGGUUAAUAAAUCUGAUACUAUCAUUAAAUACAAAGUUAAAUAUAGGCAAAAAACUCAAGAGCACCUUGUUAAAUAUGAAGCCUCAACAACUAAUGUUCAGUGUAGUUGCAUGAAGUUCAGUUUUGUAGGAAUUCUUUGUAUCCAUGCUUUGAAGGUUCUUGACAAAAAAAACAUUCAGAUACUUCCAACUCAUUAUAUAUUGAAAAGAUGGACACAAGAUGCAAAGGUUGGUUCUAUCAAGAACUAUCAUGUUGUUGAUAUUAAAGCAGAAUCUGAGAUAAUGUAUGAUUAUGCCAAAAAAUGUUCUGAAACAUUAUUGAAGGAUUUGCAAGAAAUGAGGAAAAAAUGUUAUUCCCUUUGCAUGGAGGAUCAGACAAAGGUCCAUGAUGAAGUUGUUCUUGAGGAUGCCAAUUCCUCAUUUGACAUUAAUUCUUUUGAAGAAAAUAGUAAUGUUGAACAAGUUUCACAGUUGGUGGAUAAUUUCACUCAGGAACCUGUCUUUUGUAGUCAUUUGGUUGGACAAGACUAUGUUGUUGGAGAAAUUGUUGAGACAAAUCAGGUUUCAGUAGCUCUUGAUGAUAAUUUAUAA